UGCGGUCACAGGGCUAGACUGCAAGAGCCUGGCGUUAUUCGGCGCAAUAGAAGGAUGUGAUAAAAUUUGAUAUAAAAUACGACAUACGGGUGAAAGUGAACAUCAAUCCCGAAGAACGGAUCCCACUGAACACUCUCUUCACAGUAAAAUGAAACUCGCAAUCGCCUUUGCCGCUCUGCUUGCCCUGGCUGCCGGGUGCGUCCGGGACGACACCGAUGGACGUCCGGCCUGCAACGCAGCCGAAAUGACCCAACGUUUCUGGCGCAACAACUGGGAUCCUACCGCCUAUUGGGUAUGCGAAACCGCCAACGUUGCGGCCACCCCGAUGCGCUGCCCGACGGAAGGGAUGUUCGACUCGGCCACACUAACCUGCAUUAACUGGUCCGACUGGGUCUGGACCGAAACGUGCAAACCACCGAGCCAGGUGUGAGCAGAUUAGACCGAACUCCAAUGAAACACUCGAAGAGUGCUCAGUUUGAUUACGAUUGUUUCCAUAAUGAACACAGUGAACAAUAUAUUUCUAAUGGCGGCAUGUUCUUUCGUUUAUUUUUUUAUAAUUUUUUCAAUUGAAUAAUUUCCAUCUAACUAUCGAUCAAUUACAACAGUAUGCAUCUCAUAAGAUAUUUUUCGAAAUAAAAAGGAACAGAAUCAA